CCUCAUUCCCUGGAAAUGGCAAACAAGGGGAACAAGAAGCGUUGGCAGUUCUCUCUGGAGGAGAAAAUGAAAGUUGUGGAAGCCGUAGACUCAGGCAAGAGGAAAGGUGAUGUGGCAAAAGAAUUUGGUAUCACUCCCUCUACUUUACCUACAUUCUUAAAGGAUUGCACCAAAUUUGAAGAAAAGGUGCGGAAGGCAUCCGUGGGACCCCAGCGGAAAAGGAUGAGGAGCGCUCAUUAUGAUGACAUUGAUAAGGCUGUUUUUGCUUGGUUUCAAGAAAUCCAUGCCAAAAACAUUCUUGUGACUGGUUCUGUCAUUCGGAAAAAAGCACUAAACUUGGCCAACAUGCUUGGCUAUGACAAUUUUCAAGCAAGUGUGGGCUGGCUGAACAGAUUUAGAGAUUGCCACGGAAUUGCUUUGAAAGCAGUCUGUAGAGAAGAUAGUGACAGGUUAAUGAAUGGUCUAGGAAUAGAUAAGUUUAACGAGUGGCAUGCAGGGGAAAUUAUAAAACUGAUUGCUGACUACAGCCCAGAUGAUAUCUUUAAUGCUGAUUAGACAGGAGUGUUUUUCCAGUUGCUUCCCCAGCACACACUUGCUGCUAAAGGAGACCGUUGUAGAGGGGGCAAGAAAGCAAAGCAGCGGUUGACAGCACUCUUUUGUUGCAAUGCCUCAGGGACUGAAAAAAUGAGACCAUUGAUUGUUGGUAGGUCAGCCAGCCCACACUACCUCAAGAACAUUCAUUCCCUCCCUUGUGAUUACCAAGCCAACCAGUGGGCUUGGAUGACAAGGGAUCUGUUUAAUGAGUGGCUGAUGCAAGUGGAUGCCAGGAUGAAGAGGGUGGAACGCCAGAUCCUCUUGCUCACAGACAACUGCUCUGCUCAUAACAUGCUUCCACACUUGGAAAGGAUUCAGGUUGGGUAUCUGCCCUCCAACUGUACUGCUGUCCUGCAGCCACUGAAUCUUGGCAUAAUUCACACCAUGAAAGUACUGUACCGGAGCCACCUUCUAAAACAGAUCCUCCUCCUCAAGCUCAACAGCAGUGAGGAUCAAGAAGAGGUGGACAUCAAGCAGGACAUCGACAUGAUUGCUGCAGCGUGGUUGUCAGUCAAGCCAUCCACAGUGGUGAAAUGUUGGCAGAAGGCAGGCAUCAUCCCUAUGGAAUUUGCAGAAUGUGACACAGAAUCAGCAGCCAGUGAACCAGACAUUGCCAUUGAAAAGUUGUGGCACACAGUGGCUAUUGCCACCUGUGUCCCAAAUGAAGUAAAUUUCUAGGACUUUGUUACUGCAGAUGAUGAUCUCAUUAUCUCUCAGGACACAGACAUCAUCCAGGACAUGGUGGCUGGCGAAAAUACCAGUGAAGCAGGAAGUGAAGAUGAAGGGGAGGUAUCUUUACCAGAGCAACCAAAAGUCACCAUCACAGAAGCCAUAUCAAGUUUACAGAAACCUAGACAGUUCUUUUCCACUUGUGUAGACGUUCCUGAUGCCAUUUUUGGACAAUUAAAUGGCAUAGAUGAAUAUUUAAUAAGAGUGACACAAACCCUUAUUGAUUCCAAAAUUACAGAUUUCCUCCAAACAAAAUAA